ACCUUAGGCUUCAGGCACCUCAUGACCAUGGCCUUCGCUGUGGACGAGAUCAACAGAAACAAGGAGUUGCUGCCAGGCCUCACUCUGGGUUACCGACUUUACGAUAACUGCGGCGAACUGGUGGUCGGGUUCAGCGGAGGGUUUUCGCUGGUCAGCGGGCAAGAGGAACAGUUUGUGUCGCAGGACAACUGUGUGGGAACCCCUCCGGUGCUUGGGAUUGUGGGCGAUUCCUAUUCGACAUUCUCCAUCGCCAUGUCCGUGGUGCUGGGUUUAUACAGGAUGCCCGUUGUGAGUUAUUUUUCCACGUGUUCCUGUUUAAGCAAUCGGAAACUGUUCCCAUCCUUCUUCAGAACCAUCCCGAAUGACGACUUCCAGGUUCGAGCUUUGAUUCAGAUCCUCAAACACUUCCGCUGGACUUGGACCGGCCUGCUGGUCACGGCCGAUGACUACGGAGUCGGCGUGGCCCGGGCCUUCCAGCACGAGCUGGCCGAGUCUGGCAGCGGUUGCUUGGCCUACCUGGAGGUCCUACCGUGGGACAACGACCCGCCGGAGCUCCAGAGGAUUGUGGACAUAAUGAGGACAUCGACAGCCCGCGUCGUCAUGGUGUUUGCGCACGAAAGCCACAUGCUCCAUCUGAUGGAAGAGGUCAUGAAGCAGAACGUGACGGGCCUGCAGUGGAUCGCCAGCGAAGCCUGGACAGCAGCCACGGUAUUGCAUACAUCCCGUUUCAUGUACUAUCUGGGGGGCACGCUGGGCAUCGCCAUCCGCAGAGGAGAAAUACUGGGACUCCGCGACUUCCUCUCACAAAUACGUCCUGACGAACAUGACAAAAGCGAAUACAGCCUGGUGAACCAAUUCUGGGAACACAUAUUUCAUUGUCGGUUUGCACCUCCAGCGGGCUGGUUGGAGGCGGGUGGAGAGACAUGCACGGGCCGUGAAGACUUGGCGAGUGUAGAGACAGAUUUUUUGGAUGUUUCAAACCUCAGACCUGAGUAUAAUAUUUACAAGGCGGUCUACGCUUUGGCUCAUGCCCUCCAUGACCUGCUGCAUUGUGUGCCCGGGAGGGGGCCUUUCCGCGGCCACAGCUGUGUCACUUUGCAGGGACUGGAGCCAUGGCAGCUUCUGCAUUAUUUGCAAAAGGUCAACUUUACCACAUCUUUUGGUGACCAAGUGUCGUUUGAUGACAGUGGUGAUGCAGUACAGAUAUAUGAUGUCAUAAACUGGCAAUGGCUGCCUGACGGGCAAACCAAAGUUCAGCAUGUCGGUGAAGUUAAGGAGUCAGCAUUCAAAGGCGAAGAGCUCACACUUGAUGAUAACAAAAUCAUCUGGAGCUUUGGAUCCAAAAAGCCUCCUCAGUCUGUGUGCAGUGAGAGUUGUCCUCCAGGUUCUCGCAUGGCCAGAAAGAAAAGACAACCUGAGUGUUGCUUUGACUGCAUCCUUUGUUCUGAGGACUCCAUGGAGUGCUCCAGUUGUCCAGAGGAUUUCUGGUCCAGUCCUCAACGUGACCGUUGUGUUCCAAAGAUAACAGAGUUCCUCUCUUACCAUGACCCCCUUGGUAUCUGCUUGACAAGCUUCUCAUUACUGGGCACGUUAAUCUGUGCUGUUGUUCUGGGGAUUUUCAUCUACCAUCGCGGCACACCCAUUGUACGGGCCAACAAUUCGCAACUCAGUUUCCUGCUAUUGAUAUCGCUCAAACUGUGCUUCCUCUGUUCACUGCUCUUCAUCGGCCAUCCGAGAUUGUGGACUUGCCAGAUGAGGCACGUGGCAUUUGGCAUCAGUUUUGUGCUUUGUGUGUCCUGCAUCCUGGUUAAAACCAUGGUGGUUCUGGCUGUGUUCAGUGCCUCCAAACCAGGAGGGGGAGCCAGUCUCAAAUGGUUUGGUGCCAUGAAGCAGAGAGGCACAAUUCUGGCUCUGACUUGCAUUCAGGCCAUUGUCUGCACUGCUUGGAUAGUCUCUGCCUCACCAAGUCCUCAUAAAAACAUUGAAUACCACAAAGAUAAGAUCGUGUAUGAGUGUGUGGUUGGGUCCACUGUGAGUUUUGCAGUACUGCUGGGCUAUAUUGCUAUACUGGCUAUCCUCAGCUUUCUGCUGGCAUUCAUGGUAAGGAAUCUGCCCGACAACUUCAACGAGGCCAAAAUGAUUACCUUUAGUAUGUUGAUCUUUUGUGCAGUAUGGGUCGCAUUCGUCCCGGCUUACAUCAACUCUCCCGGAAAGUAUGCAGACGCGGUGGAGGUCUUUGCCAUCUUGGCCUCCAGUUUUGGCCUCUUGGUAGCGCUCUUUGGACCCAAAUGUUACAUAAUCCUGCUGAGACCAGAGAGAAACACAAAGAAAGCCAUCAUGGGCCGAGCCGCUGAAAAGUUGCAUAAGCACUGUUAG